AUGGAGUCUUUAUUGCAAGAAGAAUUGCCAACAAUUGUAAGCAAUGGUGCGUUCGGAAAAAAUCUCAAAUAUGUAUCAUUUGAAUUGGACAAGGAUCUCGUCGGACAGAAUCAGUACAUGUCAACAGUAUUAUUUGGUACAGUCACAACAUCCGAUGAAUCAAAACAUCGUGUUCUGAUUAAGUUAAAACUUCGAGAUGAGGAAACUAGAAUUAAGUUUAAAAUCGACUUUCAAUUCCACAACGAAAUUACGAUGUAUGAAAAAAUUAUACCAUUUAUAUUUGAAUGUUAUCGCUCUAUGAGAGGUGUUGGGGACUGUCCCACAUUGGCUAGAUGCUUUUACGGUCGUAAUAAAUGUGGUGAGUUUGCUGAAAGAGAUUUAAUAGUAUUGGAGAACGUUAAUCCUUUGGGAUUCCGAUUGAGUGAAGCACGUCCUUUUCUUGACUAUGAUCACGUUUUAAUUGCAUUCCGAACUUUAGCAAAGUUUCAUGGGUUGUCAUAUACAGCGAAACACAAAGAACCCGGUCGACUUCAAGAAAUCACUAUGGAUAUCCGGGAUACACAAUUUGAUGCAAAUGGACAGUGGAUAUUUAAUAACAACGCAUUAGGUAAAUUUUUUAAGCGAGGAGUCGACCGACUAAUUGAGCGUAGCGGUAACCUUUACCGGGACAACGAACACUUGCGACGAAUUAAAGUGCUCAUCGAUGACGGAAACAACUCACUGAGACGUGUGCUCGUUCCCCAAGAACCGUUUUCCGUCGUGUGCCACGGGGAUUUCAAUCGAAACAAUGUGUUGUUCCGGUACGACGAGUCGGGACUUCCAGCUGACGUUUUGCUAUUCGAUUUUGGAACUCCUCGUUACGGGUCUCCAGCGUUAGAUCUGUCGUUUUUCUUGUACAUGAACACAACGCAAAACUUGCGUAAAAGUCGAUUGGACGAUUUACUGAACGCGUACUGCUUGACGUUAGCUGAAUCCGUACCGUCCGGCGUCCGGGUGCCAAACAGAGCCGAACUGGACUCCGAAAUGUCCAAGUGUGCCUUUUUGGGAUUAGCACAUGCAAUUUUUUUCUUACCCCAUCAGUUAGAAUCUGAUAACAUUUAUCGUGAGGGAAUGGACGAAGAAGAAACUACAGAGUGGCUAUUACAGCUGGGUGGUGAUACUGCAACGGAUCGAGUGGCUGACUUAGUCCAACACAUCGUCGAUAUGGAAUACACAAAUUUGUUACGUAGUUAA